AUGGCCGACUAUCACGGCGACCCGCGAGGUCACUCGAAUAACUUUCAACGCGAUGCCGCCUUCUCCAACAUUUUCGGCGCCAAUCCCCCGCCGGGACGCUCCCAAACCAUGACUUCCUCGUCGAUGCCUCCUCAGAUGAUGCCACACCAGGGUAGAACGCAGACAAUGUCAUCAUCCUCCAUGUCGAGCAUGCAAAGGCAACCCCCGCCAAGACAACCUCCAGGAGGCGGCUAUAUGGAUCGCGACCCGGGCUCUCCGAGAGGGGCCCAAAUGCAGCCGAAUGGAUAUCCGGGGCAGCGCUCGGCGUCGGGCGGUUAUCAAGUGCCCAAUCCUCAGGCACAGUACAUGCCGCAACAGCAAGCUCGUCGCCCGUAUCCUGGUCCCCCGGGUCCCGUUCCUCAACGCGGCGACAUGAGGGGACCGCCGCCGCAAGGACAGUACGGCCCAAGGAACCCGGCACAGAGGUUUUACCAAGGAGGAGGAGGGCCAGCACCGGCGCUGAAUAACGAUCCGUACCGCUCACAGUCUCUUGCCUCAGCCCCAAGACCGAACAUGUAUCAACCGCCGCCCGGCAGCUUCGGAUCGCAGCCGAAUCACCAGGCCCCGGCCAAUGCCUUUCGCCAUGCCCCGUACAAUCCGAGCUCGGCCCGAACCACAGCUCAAGGGCGCGUCGUUCCCGAACGCCACGAUGAUCGAGCCAUGUCGAUGACUGGGUAUCCCCCUCAGGAUCGCGACUUGCAUCAGUACCAGCAAAACUCGCACCAGACGAUGAGCGGGCGAGUGAUUCCGAACAGGAGAGCACCAGUGGAGCCGCCGACCGCCAAUGGCAGUUUCGGAGGAGGCUACACACCAGCGCCGGGGUCUCAGACAAGGACGACGAGCAUGGCUUCCUCUAAUGGAGAUCCUGGCGCUCAGAGGACCAUGUCGAUGGCGUCGACGAUAGCACCUACGAUAACGCCGUCUGAAUCCGAUACUACGACGCUGGCACAUAGGCCCUCCAUGAGCAAGUCGAUCGAUGGCGAACGGCCACCGACGGCCAAAAUCCGACCUCCAUUGGUAUAUCCCGCACUGCUCUCCAGAGUAGCAGACUGUUUCCGACAAAAAAUCAUCACCGGUGACAGAACGAAGAACGAGCUCACGUAUAAGAACGCCUUCAGCGGUGCCGAGGCGGUUGAUGUAUUGUCGUACAUUAUUAGAACGACCGACAGAAACCUGGCCUUGCUCUUGGGACGAGCGCUUGAUGCCCAACGAUUCUUUCACGAUGUUACCUACGACCACCGAUUGCGAGACUCGACGUCCGAAAUGUACCAGUUCCGAGAAACCCUAAUGGACGAGCCCGAGGAGAACCCGGUAAACGGUGUCUUCGUCCUCCUUUCCGAGUGUUACUCGCCCACGUGCACACGAGACCAGCUCUGCUACUCCAUUGCCUGCCCCCGCAGAUUGGAGCAAGUAUCCAGGCUGAACCUGAAGAUCCAGCCAGGUCUGAAGAAGGAAGCCGAGGCUGCGACGAACGAGGACGAUAUUGACCAGACCGACGAACAAAAGCUUUGGAUCAACUCAGUGCCGAAGGAGAUUGCCGAGAGCGUUGGUGACAGGGAAAAGAAAAGGCAGGAAGUCAUCUCGGAGAUUUGCUACACCGAGAGAGACUUCGUCAAGGAUCUGGAGUACCUCCGCGACUUUUGGAUCCUUCCUCUGCGGUCCAAAGCCUCUCCUAUUCCUGCUAACAAGAGGGAGAAGGUUGUCAAAGCAAUCUUCAGCAAUAUUGUCGACCACCCGAGUCUCCACAGCGUGAGCUCGCGCUUUGCUAAGUCUUUGACUGAGCGGCAGCAGAAGAACCCGGUGGUCGGAAACAUUGGCGAUAUCUUCGCGGAAUGGGUUCCCCAGUUUGAGCCGUUUAUUUGGUAUGGUUCCAGGCAGUUGGAGGCCAAAUUCGAGUUCGAGAAUGAGCGAUCUUCAAACCCGUACUUCGCCAAGUUUGUGGACGAGAUUGAGCGGAGAAAAGAGUCGCGAAAACUGGAACUCAACGGUUAUCUCACCAAGCCUACGACUCGUCUGGCUCGUUACCCGCUACUCCUGGAGAACGUACUGAAGUACACUGAGGAAGGCAACUCGGACAGGGAGGACAUCCCGAAGGUGCUGAAGUUGAUUCGCGACCUUCUCAGCAGGGUCAAUGCCGAGUCAGGAAAGGCCGAGAACAGAUUCAACCUGAGGAGACUGCACGAGCAACUGCGGUUCCGACCAAAUGAGCGGGUGGACCUCAGACUAACGGAGGAGGGCCGUGAAUUGGUGUUCAAGAGUCAGUUGAAGAAGACACCGCAAGACGCGUCGGAAAUCACGGCUUUCUUGUUCGAUCACGCGGUUCUCCUGGUGCGAGUCAAGCAGGCUGGCAAGGGAGAGGAAAUCAAGGCCUACAGAAGGCCCAUUCCUUUGGAACUGCUUUCCAUUAGGGAAAUGGAGGAGGUCAUCCCUGGAUCCGGUGGCAUGAAGCGAUCGUCUUCCAGCUUGCUGCCAGCGCUACGUGCCAACACGAACGACAACAAGAAGGGUGAAGGCUGGCCAAUUACGUUUAGACACUUGGGUAAGGCGGGAUACGAGCUUACGCUGUAUGCUUCGAACCAGGCCGCACGUAAGAAGUGGCUCGAGUUCAUCGACAAUGCUCAACAAAGGUUGAGGGCCCGCGCCGACUUCUUCAACACCAGCGUCAUCUCCGCCGGCUUCUUCGUUGGCACCAACCGCGUCAACUGUGUCAUGCCUUACGAUGGCGGCCGAAAGCUACUGUAUGGCACAGACAAUGGUAUCUACCUGUCUGACCGUAAGAGCAAGGAGGGGAUACCGAAGCGUGUCAUCGAAACGACGAGUGUUACCCAACUCGAUGUUCUCGAGGAGUACGGGCUUCUCUUGGUCCUGUCCAACAAAGCCUUGUACUCUUAUCCCCUUGCAGCGCUUGACCCGAACGAGGCUACUCUGUCUAAGAAACCUAAGAAGAUUCAAAGUCACUGCAACUUCUUCAAGACAGGAAUCUGCCUCGGCAGGCAUCUUGUCUGCUGCGUCAAGUCAUCAGCUCUGUCGACAACCAUCAAGGUCUACGAGCCCAAUGAUGCGAUGUCCAAGGGCAAGAAGCAGAAGGGCUUCGGCAAGAUGUUCCAAGUCCAGGAUGAGCUUAAGCCAUUUAAGGAGUUCUACAUCCCCACGGAAUCGUCGUCUGUCCAUUUCCUCAAGUCCAAGCUGUGUGUGGCAUGCGCUCGUGGGUUUGAGGUUGUUUCACUUGAGACUCUCGAGACACAAUCGCUGCUCGACCAGGCCGACACGAGUCUUGACUUCGUCGCCCGUAAGGAGAACGUCAAACCGAUUCAUAUCGAACGUCUCAACGGAGAGUUCUUGCUCAACUACUCCGAGUUCUCGUUCUUCGUCAACCGCAAUGGUUGGCGCGCGAGACCCGAGUGGCGCAUCGACUGGGAGGGCACACCGCAAAGCUUUGCUCUCAGCUACCCGUGGAUCUUGGCAUUUGAGCCGAACUUCAUCGAGCUCAGAAACAUUGAGACUGGUGCUGUUCACAUUGUGCCGCAUAAGAACAUUCGGAUGCUGCACAGCAGUACUCACGAGAUCAUUUUCGCGUACGAAGACGAGAAGGGCGAGGAUGUCGUUGAGGCCAUCGACUUUUGGAAGAGCAAUAGGAGAUCCGAAAUUCCAUGA